AUGUCUUCCCUCUUUUCCCUCCAAGGCCACACGGCUCUCGUCACCGGCGGCACGCGGGGUAUUGGCCAAGCCGUAGCUCUAGGUCUGGCCGAGGCAGGCGCCGACAUCAUUUUCAUCCAAAGAGACAGCUCCAACACAGAGACAAAGACCGCCGUAGAGAAACUCGGACGCAAAGCGUGGAUCUACACGGCCGAGCUGUCUUCCCCGGAGCAAGUGUCGGCCCUGACACCCAAGAUCCUGGCCGACGGACACGAGAUCCGCAUCCUGGUGACGUGCGCGGGCAUCCAGCGUCGCCACGCUCCCGAGGCCUUCCCGGACAGCGAUUUCAACGAGGUCAUCCAGGUCAACCUCAACUCUGUCUUCACCCUGUGCCGCGAUGUCGGGGCGCACAUGCUCAAGCUGGAACCUUCGCCCGUGACGGGCCGCAAGGGAAGCGUCAUCACUUUUGGCUCGCUCAUCAGCUUUCAGGGAGGACUCAACGUGCCCGCGUACGCUGCUUCCAAGGGUGCCAUUGCCCAACUAACCAAAAGCUUUGCGAAUUCCUGGUCGUCGCAGGGCGUCACCGUCAACUGCAUCGCCCCCGGAUACAUUGCUACGGACAUGAAUGAAGCCCUGCUCAAGGACAAGGACCGUCUCAGGAGCAUCUCGGAAAGAAUCCCCGCUGGUCGAUGGGGUACCCCGGAAGACUUCAAGGGGACUGCCGUCUACCUUGCUGCCAAGGCCGGUGGCUACGUCAGCGGCCACGUUCUCACUGUUGAUGGAGGUUGGAUGGGCAGGUAA